AUGAGCAGCAGCCUCGCCGAUCUUCCCUCCAGGAACUCCCUUCUCGCUGCUCCUCCUGCUACUGCUGCCACCGAUGCGCCGGGCAAAGUCCGAAAGAUCCCUGUCCUCUCCUCCGUCGUUCCAACAUCCUUCCAAUCGAACGGUGAUCCCAUGGAUGUCACACCUCCAGCCCCGGGCCCUGCGCCCCCCAUCCACAGCAGCCCCGAUAGCGAUCGAACGGGCACGAACCUCAACAUCACUACCACGACCGCUCCUAACAGCUCGGCCGACUCACAGAGUGUGAAUCACCAUCAUCUAGGCCCUAAUCAGGCAAUCGGUGCCGCGGCCGCCGCGCAGCAGCCAAAGGUCGUUCAGACAGCUUUCAUCCACAAGCUUUACAAUAUGCUCGAAGAUCCCAGCAUUCAACACCUAAUAUCGUGGUCCAAUACCAAUGAUAGCUUCGUUAUGUCGCCCACCUCUGAAUUCUCCAAAGUACUCGCCCAGUACUUCAAGCACACCAAUAUAUCCUCAUUCGUCCGGCAAUUGAAUAUGUAUGGAUUUCACAAAGUGAGCGACGUCUUUCAUACUGGGUCUCCGGAUUCUGCUCUCUGGGAAUUCAAGCACGGAAAUGGCAACUUCAAGCGUGGCGAUCUUGUCGGCUUGCGUGAAAUUAAGCGACGCGCAUCCCGCCAUGCGUUGAUUCAUCGCGAUUCAUUUCCAGGCCACAAAGCUGCCUCGCAACCGGGCACGCCAGCUGAGCCUGUUCCGGAUGCCACUGAAGCACGCUUGAUGAACCUGGAACAUUCAAUGUUCGAUAUGCAUGCCCGUCUCACGCGCGCCGAAGAAGGGAACGUGGCGCUCAAUGCGCGAUGCCAAUCGAUGGCGGAAAGUUUGAUCCGUUGUUAUCAUUGGACACAUUCGAUUUCCCGAUUCCUUCAAGGGAUGAUUCCUGAUCGCGAAAGCAUCUUGUAUCGGGAUGUGACCGGCAUGCAAGCCGAGCUAGAGAAGCAUUUAGAUGCCGUGCGGUCUCUCGAGCACUCUCAGGAUCCUUACCUAUCAGUCCGCCAGCCCUACGUUGCCAACAUCUCUGUCGAACCCGGCCCGCCGUUGUCCCCGCGUCAAAUCCCUCAGGAGGAUGGACGUCGUCCUUCGAUGAUGGAGAAUCCGUCUCGGCCCAACAUGAUUCGCCCUCCUGUUCCCCCACAUUUGGCUGCUUCCCCCCGUCGCUUCGGUUCGAUCGGGGCCGGGCAUUCCUCCCCGAACUACAGCCGCCCCCAGGCGCCGGCUGUGGUCACCCCACAACAGCCUGUGCCUCAUCCCCUAUCUUCGGUCUCGUCUCCUCCAGGCCCCAACCUCACUCGUCGCCAUACUUCAGCCGAUAUCAGACAGCAUGGCUGGCCGCCACCGGGAGUUUCGCCAUUCCCUUCGACUCAUUUGCCCACUCAUGCGGCGAAUCCCUGGUCGCCGUCGCGACACCGAACUCCGACCUCAAGUGAGCAGCAAGUACGCGAUGUGUUGGCGCAAUACGAAAUGGGCGCCCCACGGCGCCUACAGGAGAGCACUCGUCAUGCGACUCCUCCCUUGCACCCCGAUCAAACUGUUCCCGCCGAUAAUGGGUGGCCCCUAGGUCCCAGGUUCCCUCGCCACGAAAUGUCCCUCCCUGCAACACGGCGCUCCAGCAUGGCAAGCAAUGUUCAUUCACUUCUUAACCCCGCCGAUACGGCUGAGCGACCGGACGAAGACCAGCAUGCGAUGGCGGACGAUCGGAAGCGGAAGCGGCUCGAGUAG